ACUUUCAUACAGCCUUUCUCCUUCGACUCGUCUGUGGCAUAUGUCCUGGAACGAGAAGCUGGUUCGCCUUCGCCCACCGGAUCUUUGAAAUACGUGCUCCAUCUUCAAUUAGAUCGGUGGCGCCCGCUAGUGCCAAAAUCAUUCACCAUGCCAUCUUCGAGCUGAUUGUUGCCCAGCAGCCAAAAUAUUCAUGUCCAGCGGAAAUACGCUUCUAUCCUUCGGCCAAACAUCCUUUCGCUUAAAUACCGUCUUUCUCUUCGACUGGCCUCCAUUCUAUCUACCGUUCAUGGACCGACCUCUUGUCUUCGACCUGCGCUCCUCGAGCGCUAGGCAGUCCAAGUCCCUUCACUUCCCACGCAUCCGUUCCCCCAUCCCACGCCCGGAAAAGCCGCGUUCCUUUCUUUUUGCUCUCAAUCGCAUUCGUCGGAGGAUCCUCAGUAGCCUCCUUUCCCAUCGUAGUCCAACCCGGAUUCCCAUACCGGCACCCAUCGUUGAACAAAAGGUGCAAUCUGAAGUGAUGGUCCUCUCAGCGAGACCUGUGAAUGUCCAGGUCAAGUUGGUGCCGAGAAAGGUGCACUACGAGACAGUCCGUCGACGACAGCAUCGAGAAGAGCCUGCUCUUCACAUCUUUCAGCCUUUCCCUGCUCCUUCUCGGCAUCCCAAACGUCCUUCCACAGCACCACAGCUCCAGAAUUCUAGUUCCGGCAAGCACGCCGAUGGGUUCAUUAGAAGGAAGGAGAGGAAGAACGUGUGGAGUGGGGAAUGGAAUAGAACGGAUAUAAGGGAUGUCAUCAAUGAUCUGAGAAGUCUGAGAUAAUUUCUGCUUUCCGUUGUGCUCAUGGUGUUCGCACGAUUUUUUAGUUGAUCAUUGUUCAUCCCUUCACGUCGUUUUUGUUGCACUUUCAAUCACUGUCUUUCGAUUCCCAUCUUCCUCCUUGCUUCACUACUACUGUUGUUACAGAAGUGUAUUGGUGCACCGUACUGUAGUAUAUUAUUUAUUCGACUUGUACGCUGUCGCCUCCAUAAUAGGACGUCCGUAGUCCCCCAUUCGUCAUUUCAC